AUGACAGACCACGGUUCAGAUUCAGCGAGUGCUAUUACAAUGACAGAGCACAGUUCAGAUUCAGCGAGUGCUAUUUCAUGGAAAGUGAUUGAAUCAGCGCAAAUCAAAAUAAUAAAAGACGCAUUCCGUCUCCGAUACAAAAAAGACAGCAAACUUAUUAGCGAAUAUGCUGGAUAUGUGAAAAAUUUGCGACAAGAAGAAAAACCAGACGAAUAUAUAAAAUCAACUGCUAUAAUGUUAUUCCAAAUGAGGAAGCAUAUAAUAAAGAAUGGCAAGAUAUCGAAAAUGGUUCCAAGUCGCCCUAUGACUGAGGCAGAAAUAGAUGAGGCUAUUGAUAAUGUGCUAGCAGAUAGCUAA